AUGCGAAUCCUCUGCCUCCACGGGAAGGGCACCAGUGCUGCGAUCUUCCGAUCGCAGACCUCCUCAUUCCGGGCGCAGCUGACCGACAAAGACAUUGAAUUCGAUUUUUUAGACGGCCCCCAUGCGUCGAAUCCCGCUGCGGGCGUGGACUUGUUUUAUGGCCCUCCCUAUUACUCUUGGUAUGAAGGCGACGGCAUCGAGGCUGCCCGCGAGGCCUACGACUGGUUGAAGGACUACAUCGCGAAAAACGGUCCGUACGACGCAGCCAUGAUGUUUUCGCAGGGCUGUGUUCUCGGAUCGAGCGCACUGAUUCUUCACCAGGAAGAAACCCCUGACCUCCCACCUCCGUUCAAAUCCGCCAUCUUUAUCUGUGGCGGUCCCUCGCUAGGCGUUCUCGGGGAGAUGGGAUUCCACGUUUCUGCGGAAGCGCGCGAGCGUGAUAUUGCAUCAAGAUCCGCACUGGAACUGCAGGCGAGGUCUUCGUCCCUGAUGGCCAAGGGUGCGGACCGCUGGACUGGGCUCGGCGCUCUGACUGGAGGCCUCUCGGAGGAGGAGUUGCGCAACGAGAUUAAGAGUCCUUAUCGCAUUUCUAUUCCCACCGUGCAUAUAUAUGGCAGCAAGGAUCCGCGUUACCCUGCAGGUGUGCACCUGUCUGGGAUCUGCGAGCCUGAAAAACGGCGUGUCUACAACCACGGCGGUGGCCAUGAGAUUCCUCGGACAGGGGCUGUGAGCAACUCCAUCGCCGAGUUAGUGCAAUGGGCCCUGAAAGAGUCGCAAGCUUCAUAA